UAUUAGAACGUGUUGGCGAUGAACAGCCACAAGAAUCUCUCAGAAAUCAAUUUCGUAGUUAUCUUCAUAGAAUGGCAAUGCUAUGGAUCCAUGUUGAAAACGAACCAAAACCUGACAAAUUUUAUGUUAUGAGACAACAGUCAGAGCUUGACAAAAUUGACUUAAUCGAUAUCAGCCCUGAACUUUGUAAAAGAGAAACUCUUAAAGACGUUAAACCACACAGUCUCGAAUUUUUUAGAUACGGCGACCGUAUCAACUCUCUUCCUCCAGGUACCCUUAUUAGUACUUUGGCUACAACUGACACAGACCCUCUUGUUGUGCGUUACCCAGUAUCUGACUCUCAAGUUGUUGUUCGCUGCAAUUUAUCCACGUCCUGGUACAAAGAAAGGUUUCCACACAGCAGUGGUCUUUGGUACCUUAUACGUCAUAAAGCUGAAAAGAAAUGGGAAACUUUGAGUUCAGACAACUCCCAAUAUUUUUUUGUUUAUAGUCAAGAUAGAAAGAAAAGCGAAGAGGAAGAGAUUGAGAAUGAAUUUGCGCUCAAUAAAAUAGUAAAAAAAAUUCAGCCUCCAGAAAACAGUGAUGAACGUGCAAUCAAUCUUACUAUUCGGGUUGAAGGUAAGAAAGCAUACGGUGAUUGGGAAAUAGGCGAAGUUCUCAAGAAGCUUUUACACCAAGACGGUUCUUCCAUAGGCGAUGUUCUUACGUUUAAAAUAGACGAACUUAAAAAACCGAAUCCUAAAAUUGCUGAUGAGGAACUCAAAUUAAUUAUUGAUGAGCUUAAGAAAAAGAAAUGUGCUUUCCAAUAUGUUGUUCGUAAUGAAUCAACUUGCCGAGAGUUCAUUUCUGCUUUUAUGACGACAGCUGUAAAAUGUGUACAAUUGAUUGAAGGAAAUCUUCAACUCAAAGCCGAAGAGUGGCUUGAUGGAUCCCAUGGAUAUGGUCCUACUGACUAUGCCGUUUACGUUGAGAGUAUAAUUGCGUUAGUUGCAGAAGCUAAGAAAGAAGAUUUUGAGAAAGGAGCUGCCCAAAACAUUGUGCAAAUGCACAGUGCUGUAGAGACAUUAACACGGAAGCGUAAAAUAGAUAAAAUAGAUGAUGGUAACGUCCCAGUUCUUAUGUAUGGAAUUGUGACAAAUGCAUUACAAUGGUAUUUUAUUCGAUGGGCUGGCUCUUCAGAAGAUCCAACGGUUGAAGUAUCUGGUCCACAUGAAUGUGAAUUUGAUAGUGAAGAUAUGGAACAAGCAAAAAAAAUUGCUGGAUAUAUUGUCUCUAUUCUCCAACAUCAAGUUCGUGGUCUGAAUGAUGAAAAUGACCGUCUCAAAAUUAAAGAGACGUCGUGCAUAAUUAUAUGUUUACCUUUGAUUGGUGAUAUGAAAAUUUUUUAA